AUGGGUGUCCCCGCGCUGUUCCGAUGGCUUUCCAAUAAAUAUCCCAAGAUUAUAUCUGCGGUUGUUGAGGAACAGGCCCAAAUAGUGGAUGGAGAGGAAAUCCCGCUGGACAUCACUGGCCCCAACCCUAAUGGCGAGGAACAGGAUAAUCUCUACCUGGAUAUGAACGGUAUUGUUCAUCCGUGUACUCACCCGGAGGGCAGACCUCCCCCAGCAGACGAGCAGGAGAUGAUGUUGGAGAUCUACAAGUACACUGACCGCGUGGUCAACAUGGUUCGCCCCAGAAAGCUUCUCAUGAUCGCUAUCGACGGUGUCGCUCCCCGAGCCAAGAUGAACCAACAACGCGCGCGUCGUUUCCGCUCAGCACAAGAGGCCAGAGAGAAUGACCAAAAGAAGGAGGAACUUCACAAGAUGCUUGCCAAGCAGCACCAUACAAAGACUGGCGAGGAAUACAUUCGGGAGGAGGUUGUUCAGAAGACUUGGGAUAGCAACGUUAUCACCCCCGGAACACCUUUCAUGGACAUCCUUGCAGCCUCACUGCGCUAUUGGAUUGCCUACAAGCUCAACACUGAUCCAGGAUGGGAAAAUUUGAAAAUCAUCAUCUCGGAUGCCACAGUUCCCGGAGAGGGAGAACACAAGAUCAUGAACUUUGUGCGAUCGCAGCGCGCUUCGCCUGACCAUGAUCCCAACACUCGUCAUGUCAUCUACGGUCUGGAUGCUGACUUGAUCAUGUUGGGCCUUGGUACCCACGAGCCUUACUUCCGAGUAUUGCGUGAAGAUGUUUUCGCCCAAGACUCUAGACCCCGAGGAUGUAGGCUGUGUGGACAGAAUGGACACAAGGCUGAAGAGUGUCUGGGCCGCCCCAAGGAAAAGUCUGGAGAAUUUGAUGAGAAACAGAAUGCCGCUCCUCUGAAACCCUUCAUUUGGUUGCACGUCGCUGUUCUCAGAGAGUACCUCGCAGUGGAACUUCGUGUCCCUCAGCAGCCUUUCCCAUUUGACCUGGAACGUGCCCUUGAUGACUGGGUAUUCAUGUGUUUCUUUGUCGGAAACGAUUUCCUUCCUCACCUGCCCUCUUUGGACAUUCGCGAGAAUGGAAUUGACACACUGAUCGCCAUCUGGCGUGACAACCUCCCUGCUAUGGGAAGCUAUCUUACCAAAGAUGGAAGCGUUGAGCUGAAAAAUGCCCAAAUCAUCUUGCAAGGAUUGGCCAAACAGGAGGACGCUAUCUUCCGUCGCCGUAGACAGGCAGAUGAGAGGAAGCAGGCUAACGAGAAGAGACGCAAAGAGCAAGAUGAAGCUCGUAAUGCGGAGCGUUCUCAAAAGCGGAGACGCAGCUCCCCCCAGUACGAUGCUAAGGCUGGCGGUCCCGCCGAGGCCGCCCCUCCUAUGGAGUUGAUCACCCCGGGUCGUGGUCAUUUGGCCAAAGAGACUAGGGAGUUAACUCACGACAUGGUCACCAACCGCGGUGCCGUGUAUCGUGCCAAUAUGGAGAACAAGAGUGCUGCCGCCGUGUUGAAGAGCAAGCUCAUGAAGGGCAAGCAAACCGAGCCCGAGCCUAGUGAGACUCCGACUGAAGACACUUCGAGUGAUGCCGCGGCCCCAACAACCCUUGGGAAGCGAAAGGCCGAUGCAGCCGACCAGGAAGAUGGCGAAGCGGGGACGCCCGGUAGAGACUCUCCACCACCUCCCCCGGCAGUUGAGAAGCCUAAGUCAGAUGAACCGGCAGAGGACACUGUCAAACUAUGGGAACCGGGCUACGCCGAUAGAUACUACGAGCAGAAGUUCAACGUGGACCCCAAGAACCAUGAGUUCCGCCACCAGGUCGCCCGCGACUAUGCUCUCGGAUUAUGCUGGGUUCUUCGCUACUACUUCCAGGGAUGUCCUAGUUGGAGUUGGUAUUACCCCCAUCACUAUGCGCCAUUUGCUGCCGACUUCGUCGAUAUUGCGGAUAUGCCCGUGGAGUUUGAGAAGGGCGCACCAUUCAGACCCUUCGAACAACUGAUGGGUGUGCUUCCCGCUUCCUCUAACCACGCACUGCCAAAGGUCUUCCACCCCUUGAUGGAGGAUGCGAAUUCUCCUAUCAUCGAUUUCUAUCCUGAAGAUUUCCCGCUCGACCUAAAUGGCAAGAAGUUUGCUUGGCAGGGCGUAAUUCUCCUGCCAUUCAUCGAUGCAAACCGCUUGCUUGAAGCCAUGGGGACUGUCUAUCCUCUCUUGACCGAGGAGGAGGCCAGUCGUAACACUCACGGCUCGGAGGUGCUUCUCUUAUCGGACAGAAACCCGCUGUACCAAGAUCUGGUUGCCAAUUUCUAUUCCAAGAAGCCAGGUCCUGCGCAGUACUCUAUCAAGCAAGACCUGAGUGCAGGUCUUGCUGGAAUUGUCGAGCGUAGUGAUACAUAUAUCCCUCACAGCUCAUUGGUAUCGCCAUUGGAAGCUCAUGGCAUGCCCGGUGUCGAUGACGAUCGUUCCCUCACUGUCUUAUACACACUCCCCAAGUCGUCACAUGUUCACAAGUCCAUGCUGCUGCGCGGUGUGAAGCUACCGACGCCGAUGCUGGACUCAGCUGACAUCAGAGCUACCAAGGGUCGUGCUCAAAACUCUGGCCGAUCGUUCGGUGGUGCACCUUUCCAGGGCCGAGGCCGAGGUGGCCGGAUGAGCUACCAAAGUGAUCGCCCUCAACCCGAUCGCCCAAACCCAUUUGCUGGUCACCUCGACCCUAACUUUGCCCCUGGUCCCCAGGGAGGUCCCGCCGGGGCCCAUAUGGUACCCCCAGGAUGGGUUCCUCCUGGCCAAGGAUACGGAGGUUAUUCCAGAGGACCACCUCCUCCCCCACGUGGUGGAAUGAGCAACCAAUACCCACCUCAGCAAGGUUAUGAACAGUACGGAGGCUACUACAACCCUCACGCCCAGUAUAACCAAGGUGGUCAGUAUAACAACGGCUAUCAGCAAGGCGGUUACGGUGGCUCGCAAGAUUAUCGCGGAGGCCGAGGCGGCGGUGGUUACCGCGGGGGCAGAGGUCGUGGAAACUACCAAAACCAAAACCAAGGUGGAGGUGGAUAUGGUCGUUAUUAG